AUGAGUGCUCUUCUCAAAACCAGUCUUCCCAUCGGGUGCUGUCUCCGGCAAUGUCCGCGGCGCCGCGAGCAGAACGUCCUUAUGUGGAACCUCCGCUGGACGCUCGCAAAGACGACUACUCAUUGAUCACCCUUCUGGGCUUUGCGUUCUUGACCUAUAAUAGCGUCACCGCCGCCUACAGGUCCAUUCACGACCUCUGGGCCUUGUCCUUCGUCAUCGUCGCCUAUGCCGACCUCGUCUCCUUGUUCUGGUGUCUCCGACAGUUCGAGAGGUCCAACCAGCGCCACAAGGAGAGGCUCAAGGUGGCGGUCUGGUUCCUCACCGCCCUGCUCACCACCAUGUUUUCCUACAAGGUGGCCUCCGUCAUGCCGUGGCCCGUCGCGGUGGUCGUGUGGUGCGUGGGAUCUGCCACCAUCAUCGGAGGCUUUUAUGCGUUCUUCGUCUAUCGAGAGCCCCCGAUCCACCAAACUGGGAAUGGAAACAAGCAUUAAGAUGAAACGGGGCGGUGCGUCGCUGCAUCACUUAAUUGUUAGAUCAAAGGAGAGCGAAGGAAAAAAUCGACGAGAGCAGAAGAAACACGGAGAAAGCCGUCCUAAAGGAUCAAAAUCGUCCGAUACUGCACUGCGGACAAUUUCCAUUCGCCUCGGCGUGGUAGAAGCUUGUUCUCCUAUAAUAUUCCGGACUAGAGGGCGUCGAAGAUGUAGCAAGAUGUCGACCGUAUUUAACUAUCAGGAUAUUGAGAUCAUCCUGUCUUUAUCUGUAAGAAAAGAGUUGUCGAAAAAAAUAAUAAUAAUAAAGAGGUCA